GCCGCCGCCGCCGCCACCGCCACCGCCACCACCUCCACCUUGCCUCGCCUGGCCUUACCGCCCCUCGUACGCACACGUUCAUUCUCCCUCCUCGCGCCCUCUUCUUACUCUUUCCUCCUCUCCCCGAACAGAAGAGCCUCUCUCGUCGCGCGGUGCAUUGUGGGACCCAGGCCAAGCCCGCCGCCGUCGCCUCCGCCACCGCCGCCUGAGGGGAGAGAGCGAGGGAGAGGAGAGGCCGUGACCGGAGGAGAAGGAGGCACCAGAGCCGGAGCCGCCCGCCCGAGGGGAGUCGGAGCCGUCAUUGCCGCCUGAGAGACCCACCCCACUUGUUCGCCCGUCCCCCCCACCCCAUACACAAUGCAGCCUGCUUCCGCAAAGUGGUACGAUCGAAGGGACUAUGUCUUUAUUGAAUUUUGUGUUGAAGACAGUAAAGAUGUUAAUGUAAAUUUUGAAAAGUCCAAACUUACUUUCAGUUGUCUUGGAGGAAGUGAUAAUUUUAAACAUUUAAAUGAAAUUGACCUAUUUCAGUAUAUUGAUCCAAAUGACUCCAAGCAUAAAAGAACAGACAGAUCGAUCUUAUGUUGUUUACGGAAAGGAGAAUCGGGACAGUCAUGGCCAAGGUUAACAAAAGAAAGGGCAAAGCUCAAUUGGCUUAGUGUGGACUUCAAUAAUUGGAAAGAUUGGGAAGAUGAUUCUGAUGAAGACAUGUCCAAUUUUGAUCGCUUCUCUGAGAUGAUGAACAACAUGGGAGGUGAUGAGGAUGUAGAUUUACCAGAAGUAGAUGGAGCAGAUGAUGAUUCACCAGACAGUGAUGAUGAAAAGAUGCCAGAUCUGGAGUAAAGAAGAAAGUGUUGUCUUCAGGGUUUUGGGAAAGAAAGAUAACUUCAUUGCAAAAUUUUCAUAAUUGAGAUAAUUCCUGCGUUGGUAGCUCUAAAGGCAGAUACUGUAUUUGCCUCCUUUAAUCCAUUUUCAAUCUGUUUGUUUUAAAAAGGCUUCACUAAGGGUUGAUGUGUACUAUUGUAUGGGUCAGUUUUAAGUCAGCUGAGGCAAUAACCUUAUGCAUGAACAUUUUUUCAGACUUCCAAGAAGCAAUUGAGGUAUAAGCAAUGGACACAGUCAUUGCAGUUUUAAAAAAAAAAUGAAAAAGGUUCACUGAGUCUCUUUACUGCUUUAUAACACAAAUACUGACAUGGUAAGAAAACUUAGCUUAUUUUAAGUAGUUUAAAAUCACUUCCCCCUGAUUAAACAGUAGAUUAAAGAGAAUUUUAAAAUGUUCAGAUUUUAGUACACAGACUCAAACUGCUAAAGCAAGUUUAAUUGGCUGACAACUUAAGCUGACAUUGCUGUACCUCCGGAGUGUCUUCAGGAUUGUUCCACUAAUGUUUUAUUUAAAAAAAAAUUAUUCACUUCACAUUGUUGUAUUUAAAUGAUCACUAGUUAGUGUUCCAAAUGUAUCUUAGCUAAAACUAGUGAAGCCCUAAUUUAAAUGGUUAUGAAGCCUGUACAUUUGGUAUUGUUUGACCCUUAAGCUUUUACAUCUCUUAGUAUGGAGGAGGAAGAACAGCUAUACAUUGUUGCUUGUCAAUCUGUACAUUUAGACCAAAUUUGUAUUUGCACUGUCAGUAUGGAAAACGAGUGACAAAAUGUUUAAUACACUAUUGGAAUUUUUUUUUCCUUUUUUUUUUUUUUUUUUUUUUUGGACUCGGCUUAUAACAAGGCUGAAAAAAACUUCAAUUUGUGUUCAGAACAGUGGGGAUUUUUUUUUUAUGUCUGCAUUCUUUCUAAUAAACAGUUGAAGACUUCUUGGCUGUCCUUUUAAGUGUCUGGUUUACUGUAAUUUCAUGUAUUCUUACUAUUUACUGGAAUGGAAUUUUUAUUUUUACUUGAGGAAGAAUAUAGUAGAACUAUUUCCUCUUUAAAUGAAGGAGGCUUGUUGUAAUGUUCCCAGGAAACCUUUUUAAAAGUGGAUCUGUAAUAGAACUUGUAGAUACACUUUACAACAGUUGAAAAAGAAAGUGUUGUGAUUUGACUGAAAUAAAACUAAAUGUGUUGUCCUCCUCUAAA